AUGGCAUCUGUGUUUCGAAGCGAGGAGAUGCAUUUAUCCCAAGUGUUUCUCCAGGUGGAGGCUGCUUAUUGCUGUGUAGCUGAACUGGGAGAGCUUGGCUUGGUUCAGUUCAAAGAUCUAAAUGCAAACGUGAACAGCUUCCAGAGGAAGUUUGUGAAUGAAGUCCGAAGGUGUGAGUCCCUGGAGCGCAUCCUCCGUUUUCUGGAAGAUGAGAUGCAAAACGAGAUUCUAAUCCAGAUGCCUGAGAAGGAGCCAGAAACUCCUCUUCCCCGAGAAAUGAUCACCCUGGAGAGUACUCUAGAGAAAUUGGAAGGAGAGCUACAGGAAGCCAACCAGAACCAGCAGGCUUUGAAGAAGAGCUUUUUGGAACUGACAGAACUCAAAUACCUCCUAAAGAAAACCCAGGACUUUUUUGAGACAGAAACCAACUUAGCUGAUGAUUUCUUUGUUGAAGACACUUCAGGCCUCUUGGAGUUAAGAGCCAUACCUGCAUUCAUGACUGGGAAGUUGGGGUUCACGGCUGGCGUGAUACACAGGGAGAGGAUGGCUUCCUUUGAGAGGCUUCUGUGGAGAGUUUGCCGGGGAAACGUGUACUUGAAGUUCAGCGAGAUGGACACACUUCUGGAGGAUCCCGUGACGGUGGAAAGUCACUCUGUAGACCAGGCUGGCCUCGAACUCACAGAGAUCCACCUGCCUCUGCCUCCCAGGGCUGGGAUUAAGACAUUCACCUGCCUCUGAGUUCCCCAGAGUGCUGGGAUUAAAGGCAAAGAAGAAAUUAAAAAGAAUAUAUUCAUCAUAUUUUAUCAAGGGGAACAGCUCAGGCUGAAAAUCAAGAAGAUCUGUGACGGGUUCCGCGCCACCAUCUACCCCUGCCCGGAGCCUGCAGCCGAGCGCAGAGAGAUGCUGGCCAGUGUCAACGUGAGGCUGGAAGACUUGAUCACUGUCAUCACCCAAACAGACUCUCACCGACAGCGCCUGCUGCAGGAAGCAGCCACCAACUGGCACUCCUGGGUCAUCAAGGUACAGAAGAUGAAGGCCGUCUACCACGUCCUGAACAUGUGCAACAUCGAUGUCACCCAGCAGUGCAUCAUCGCCGAGAUCUGGUUCCCGGUAGCAGACACCAGGCACAUCAAGAGGGCCCUGGAGCAGGGCAUGGAACUCAGUGGCUCUUCCAUGGUCCCCAUCAUGACAGAAGUGGAGACUAAAACAGACCCUCCCACCUUCAACAGGACCAAUAAGUUUACAGCUGGCUUCCAGAACAUUGUUGAUGCGUAUGGUGUAGGCAGCUACAGAGAGAUCAACCCAGCUCCCUACACGAUCGUCACCUUCCCCUUCCUGUUCGCCGUGAUGUUUGGAGACUGCGGUCACGGGAUGGUGAUGCUGAUGGCAGCCCUGUGGAUGGUCCUAAACGAGAGGCGCCUGCUGGCUCAGAAGAGCACCAACGAGAUCUGGAACACCUUCUUCAAUGGGCGUUACCUGAUCCUGCUCAUGGGCGUAUUCUCCAUCUACACUGGCUUGAUCUACAAUGACUGCUUCUCCAAAUCUUUUAACAUCUUUGGAUCCUCUUGGAGCGUCCAGCCUAUGUUCAGAAAUGGCACAUGGAAUGCUCAUGCCAUGGAAAAGAGUCAGUAUUUGCAGCUGGACCCGGCCAUCCCAGGAGUGUAUUCUGGAAAUCCCUACCCAUUUGGGAUUGAUCCGAUUUGGAACCUGGCUUCAAACAAACUCACAUUUUUAAACUCCUAUAAGAUGAAGAUGUCAGUCAUCCUGGGAAUCAUUCAGAUGACUUUCGGUGUUAUUCUCAGCCUCUUCAAUCACAUUUACUUCAGAAGAACCCUCAACAUCAUUCUGCAGUUCAUCCCUGAGAUGAUUUUUAUGCUCAGCCUCUUUGGAUACCUGGUUUUCAUGAUCAUUUUCAAGUGGUGCCGGUAUGAUGCCCACACAUCCCAGAAGGCUCCCAGCAUCCUCAUCCACUUCAUCAGCAUGUUUUUGUUUGACUACGAUGAUUCCAAUGCACCCCUGUACAGCCAUCAGCAAGAAGUCCAAACUUUCUUUGUCAUUAUAGCGUUGGUCUCUGUGCCGUGGAUGCUUCUGAUUAAGCCAUUUAUUCUCAGAGCCCAACACCAGAAAUCUCAGCUGCAGUCUUUCACGAUCCACGCGGAUGACAUUGAAGGUGGCCACUCGAGCACCUCUGCUCAGAAGAAGACCACAGGUGCCCACGGGACUAAGGAUGGCCACGAGGAGGAGUUCAACUUUGGAGACAUCUUUGUCCACCAGGCCAUCCAUACCAUUGAGUACUGCCUAGGCUGUAUCUCCAACACAGCCUCGUACCUUCGGCUCUGGGCCCUCAGCUUGGCUCAUGCAGAGCUGUCCGAGGUGCUCUGGACCAUGGUGAUGAACAUUGGCCUCCGCCUUCGGGGCUGGGGAGGGCUCGUUGGGGUCUUCAUCAUUUUUGCCGUCUUCGCCGUCCUGACGGUCGCCAUCCUCCUCAUCAUGGAGGGGCUCUCGGCCUUUCUGCAUGCCCUCCGGCUGCAUUGGGUGGAGUUCCAGAACAAGUUCUAUGAGGGGGCUGGCUCCAAGUUCUCCCCAUUCUCCUUCAAACACGUCCUGGAAGGGGCCGAGGAGUAGGCUGGUGCCAGCUGAAGGAGUUCACUCUUGUCUCUGAUGUCCACCCAGGCCAGGUGUCCCAGAAGCAGCCCUGUUGGCUACCUGAAGUGUGAAGCUGUGUGAGGCAUGGGAUUUGGCAGGAUUUAACCACGUAACUGAGGGGCUGCUUUUUGUUUGGACUUCGUGUGCAGUCAAAUGAUCAAAUACCAAAAUAACUGGGAAACGGGGGAGGGGGCACUAGACCACUAUCUUGUAAUAGUUUAUUUUUGUUUUACUGUAUGUCUGUUUUGAGACAAGGUCUCAUGAGCUCUAACUGUCCUGGAAAUAGCUACGUAGCCAAGGAUGGCUUUGAACUCCGGCUCCUCCUGCCUCCACUUUGUUGAGACGACAGGCACGGGCCACCACACCUGGAUCUCCCGCAGUAUUUCAAGGAUUAUAAUCAUGAAAAUAAAUGUCUGCUCUAUUCACUGUU